AUGCCAUUAAAUGCAAUUGGAUGGACAUCCGAAGAAAAUAUUGCUCUUAUUGAAUUGGUGAAGCCUCAUACUUUUCUCUACAAUCUUCUUGACCCGUCACGUAAAAAUAUUUUGGCUCGAGUAUCAACUUGGCAAGAAAUAGCUCAAGCAUUAUUAAAACCAGUUGAAGAGUGCAAAAAGCGGUGGCGCGGUCUUCGAGACAGCUAUAUGAGGUGUAAACGUUUGGGUACAAUGCAUAAAACAAAAACAAAUAUAAAUGAAAAACUGCAAUUCCUUGAUUCAUUGCCAAUUGAUGGGACCCCUAGUGAUUCCGAGGGGAGAUUUGAGGAAGUGAACAUUGAUGACAUAAAUGAUGCAUCAGAAAUAUGUACAGAACAGCAAGUUAUUACAGACAAUCAAGAAUAUUAUGAGAUCACACUUGUGGAUGGGCCAAAGCAUGAAGAUUCUAAAAAUUUAAUUAAAAUUCUUCCAAAAACAGAAAUGAAAUUUCAACAAAUAUUGAAUUCAGGGGAGCCUCCUCGAAAAAUAGGAAGAAAGAAUUCUGGUAGAAAAAAAUCUACGCCAAUGCCUAGAAACUUAACACCUGUUAAAAUUUUACCAAAACCAAUAAUAACAAGCCAGCCUAAAUUAGUAAGAUAUAUUGAAGAACCAAAAACACCAGAACAGAGAUCUCAAGUUAUAGAUAAGCUUAUAGAGAAAAUUUUUAAAGAAAAUACAAAUGAAAUUGAUGUAUUCUUUAAGAGUAUGGCAGCUAGUGUUAAAAAAUUACAACCAAAUUUAAUACCUAAGGUUAAGAUGGAAGUGUGCAAUGUGAUAGCUAAGUAUGAAAUGCAAAGUUUUGAAAAAAAUGUGCAGAACAAUUGA